CGUACCACCACCAUCAUCUUAUAAGCCCGCAGCCGGCUCCCCUUAUCGCCCUCAUCUCGCCCUCAUCUCGCCCUCCAACCACCAUGGCACCUGUCAAAGUUACUAAGAUCUGCUGCAUCGGCGCUGGCUAUGUCGGUGGUCCGACGUGCGCCGUCAUCGCGCUGAAGUGCCCCCACAUCCGCGUCACCAUCGUCGACCUCAACCAGGCGCGUAUCGAUGCGUGGAACAGCGACAACCUACCCAUCUACGAGCCCGGACUGGAGGAAGUCGUCAAGAAGGCGCGCGGCCGCAACCUUUUCUUCUCCACAGACGUCGACAAGGGUAUCCGUGAGGCGGACCUGAUCUUCGUAUCGGUCAACACACCUACCAAGAAGUCGGGAGUGGGAGCGGGCUUCUCUGCAGAUCUCACCUACGUCGAGUCGGCAACGCGUCGCAUCGCCGCUGUCGCGACGUCGAACAAGAUUGUCGUCGAAAAGUCGACCGUGCCGUGCAGGACGGCCGAGUCUAUGCGCACCAUCCUCGAAGCGAACUCCACACCGGGAACUCGCUUCGACAUCCUCUCCAACCCCGAGUUCCUCGCUGAGGGCACCGCCAUCUCCGACCUCUUCAGCCCCGACCGUGUCCUCAUCGGCUCCCUCCAGACCGAGGAAGGCAAGGAUGCCUGUGCUUCGCUCAAGGAGGUCUACGCCAACUGGGUUCCGCGCGAGCGGAUCCUGACUGUCGGCCUGUGGUCUUCGGAGCUCUCGAAGCUCGCAGCAAACGCUAUGCUUGCGCAGCGUAUCUCUUCCAUCAACGCGCUGUCCGCCAUAUGCGAGGCGACCGGUGCGAACAUCGACGAGGUGUCGCACGCCAUCGGCUACGACUCGCGCAUCGGGCCCAAAUUCCUGCGCGCGUCGGUCGGUUUCGGCGGCUCGUGCUUCCAGAAAGACAUCCUCAACCUCGUGUACCUCAGCGAGAGCCUGCACUUGCCACAGGUCGCCGCGUACUGGCGCCAGGUCGUUGAGAUGAACGAGUACCAGAAGAGCCGUUUCUCGAAGACGGUCGUCGACACGCUUUUCAACACUAUCACGGGCAAGCAUAUUGCGGUGCUCGGAUUUGCGUUCAAGGCGGACACGGGCGACACCCGGGAGUCCGCUGCGAUCACGCUCAUCCGCGACUUCCUGUCGGAGCGCGCAUAUGUCACCAUCUACGACCCGAAGGUGGACGAGGCGCAGAUCUGGCUGGACCUCGCCGAGGCGUGCCCCGCGACGCCGCUCGAGACCAUCAAGAAGCAGGUCACGAUCUCGCACUCGGCACUCGACGCGUGCAAGCAGAAGGAGGCGGUCGUGAUCGCGACUGAGUGGAAGGAGUUCAAGGAGAUCGACUGGACGACGGUGUACUCGCAAAUGUCGAAGCCCGCGUUUGUGUUCGAUGGGCGCAUGAUCCUCGACGCCGAGGCGCUGCGGAACAUUGGCUUCACGGUCAAGGUCAUCGGGCGCGGCGACCGUCUGUAACUCGUCUGGGUUGCAAUCACAUCGGACCUCUCACGAUAGACGCGGCGGUAUGUCGCCAUCCUGCCACCGGUCGCCGGGGUUUCGUGCGCUCCUCCCUCUCCCUCCCCUGAAACGAUAUAAGAUGGGCGCGCGCUGUCAGGCAGCAGCACGCCGGCGGCCGGUGUACUGUACUCCCUCCUUGAUACCAACAAUCAUAAUAGGACUAGAGCUAUACGAUUUGCAUUAGGAGGGUUCGCUUGUUGUGGGCGCGCUGUUUCUUGUGCUUCGUGAAGACCCUGUACCGCAUUCUGCUGGCGUUUACUUUUCCGACAUCGGCACCGCCGCCCGGAAGGAAGCAUCAAUGUCACAUCCC